UUCCGCCACAAUCAAGCGAAGCCACGCCCUCGUAUAAAAGCCAAGUUCACAGUCAUGGUGAAUCAAAGUGGUGACAGAAACCGAAGACAUGAGGUCGAUACUGCUGACAGUAGCUCUCUCAUCUUUAUUCUAUUCCUGUGUAUUGGCUUACCAAAUUGCGAUUGAUUCUCCUAGUUUUAUAGCUGACUUUGACAGUAUCGAAGACCUACAUAGAGAGAAAAGGCAACUGGAAAACUUUGACGAUGAAUACCCUACAGCAUCAAGCCAGCACGAAGAAGAGGAGCCAGGGUUCUGGGACAGGAUUGUGAAAGUAGCACUGAAGUUAUUCAGCAAAUUCAUAGAAUGGUUGAAUUCAUAACAUUGUGGACAGAGUCAUAUUAUUAUAAUGUAAGAAAUAAAAUAUUUAAGUUAUGGACCCUUGAUCGGAUAAAAAGCGUUGCAAAUUGUA